AGUUUUCGCUUGAACAGGUUUUUUUUGUUACGUUGAUUUCGACUGUGAUAUGGUAAAGAUUGAGUGAUGAAUGUGGAAGGAAUUGAGAGUCCCCCAGUGAAGACCAUGAGGUACGCCGAACAGCUUCGUGCCGCUUUGAUAGUGACAUCAGGAGCCUUCGUCGCCGGCAUGGCUUUAUCCAGGUCAUCACCCGCACUUCCUCAAAUCGGCGUAGAGAUGGAUUUAAGUCAAAGUCAAUCGUCUUGGUUGGUUUCUUUGGUUCCUGUCGGUGGUUUGGCUGGUUGCUUCCCGGCUGGUUGGCUCAUGACUGUGUAUGGGCGACGGGGGGCCUUGAUGCGUUUGGGCGUGAUGUUUUGCAUCGCAUGGAUGCUUUUGUGCGUGGACUUUUUCCCGUCCGUCAUGUUCUUGGGCCGGUUUUUGACAGGGUUCUGUACCGGUGCCUACCUGGUCAUCAUCCCGACUUUCGUUGCCGAAAUAGCCCAUCCGUCGCAACGCGGAAAACUUGGUGCUUUAAUUCAGGUGAUGAUUACGCUUGGAGUUCUUGCGACUUUCGUUGUCGGUGCGCUCGUCAGCUGGAGAACUCUGUCAUUCUUCUGCUUUCUGGCAUCCGUGCUUUCCUGUGCCCUGAUGACAUUUUUGAGUGAGACGCCUGCUUAUUUGAUGCAAAUCGGUGAUGUUGAUGGUGCGAGAAGAACGCUGAAAAGCUUGCGGCCUUUCGGAUACGACGGGAUGAAGCAAGAAUUCGCUGAUUUGGAGUCCUCCGUGUCCCAAGUCGCCAAGGCGGACAAGGACAUUGACUUUUCGAAUCCUGAAUUCUACCGACCUCUUAUGGUUUCCAUUGGAUUGAUGUUGAACCAGCAGUUGUCAGGGGUGAACAACGUGAUAUUCUAUUCCAGUACUAUUCUGAAUGCUGGUAUGGAUUCCGUUAAUGAAAACGUUCAAUCCAUCAUGGUGGCCCUGAGCCAGGUUCUGGUUUCGGUGCCUGCGAUGAUUCUCGUGGAACGACUCGGCCGUCGAUCUUUGUUGCUUGUGUCCAACGUAAUUUGUUUCGUCGCACUAGGAAUAACAGCUUUGUUUUUCUAUUGGAAGUCAUUCGGCCCGGAUAAUGUUGAGAACCUUGCAUGGAUGCCGAUGUUUGGUUGCAUCGCGUUCAUCGUCGGAUUUUCUCUCGCCUUGGGACCCGUGCCCUGGCUGAUGAUGGGAGAGUUGUUUCCUCUUAGGUUCCGGGGUGCAGCUUCCGGAAUCGCAUCCGCGGUGAAUUGGAGUGUCGCGUUUCUCACCACUAAAUCGUUUGCUACGUCGAUGAAUUUGUUUGGAUUGCAUGGCACAUUUUUGACGUAUUGUGCCUGUCUGGUGCUUGGGUUAGUGUUUGUGUGGCGAUGCGUGCCGGAGACGAAAGGGAAGUCUUUCGCACAGAUUGCCUCGUCGUUUGAGGGCGUUGUUCACGUUGCUUGAUGAAGAGGAGAAAAGGAAAAAAGUAUAUUUUGUAUAUUAUCACGUGUUCGCUGCAUCGUGCUGAGGUGGUUGUGAUUUUUGCACUCAGAAAUGGUCGGGAGAAUUGUUUUGUGAGGAUUCCUGUUGCAAGCGGCUUUAUGGUGAAGGCUAUGCGAUGAAUAACCCCAAACUGAUUUAUUUCUUGAAAAUUUAUAUUUUGUAUUCCUGAAAUCUAAUACUGUACAGUAAUAGAGCUUUAUACCUGGAAUUUCAAGGGAAAAACAAGCAGUAUCUACAAAAAUGCAGUUGCUUUUGGAAUUUUUGAAAUCAAGUCCUGAUUGCAAUCACAGGAAUGGCAUUCGCCACAAGCGUUGAAGGAUUACUGCAAUGAAUAACAUUGUAAUAAAUGACUUUUGAAAGUUGACUGCGUCUCACUCCAGCGCCUCUGGAAAAUUUCCUUGAUUAUAUAUUGUACUGUACUCUACGCUGAACUACUGUUAUACAUUACCAUCAAGUACCAUUUGUGUCAAAGAAGUCAGACCUUUGUUAAGUUUGUUUAGGUUACUUCAGUGUUGAAGAAAAGUUUUCUAAAGUGAGUAUCACAUCGUAGAAGGAUGACCGAUAUUAAUUUGAAAAUGUUCGUUGUUUAAUGGAUAGUUUUAGGAUACUUUUCUCUUGGUUAAUCGCCAUCUGCUUUCAAAUUAAUCUUAUCCCUUGAAUAUAUUUCUCUUUUUGUAAAAAAGAGAGGCAAAAUUAUGUCUUCACGUCCCUUGUUUUUGAAAAAUCCGUGGAAAAAGACCCGUAACAUUGUAGGAAAGAAUUUCGCCCCAAAUCCCAUGCACUUUGCCAAAGUAUGUUUUGCUUUCGGUUUUCUUACACUGGUGUAAUCAGCGAUUUCAAACGUGAUCGUUACGGGUGCGCAAGUGAUGGAAUCAUGGAAAGGUUUGAGUCAUUUUAUUAUUGUUGGCACAUGAAUUAUGACUUCGAGUCGUGAAAAAUGUAUCGAUCUAUCAUGUCUAUGAAUUUAAAAUUUCGCCUUCGCUUACCUUUUUUGUGAACCAUUGUAUCGCGAUAAUUUUGUGUGUUGCCGUGUACGAUUUUUUUUUUCGUUUCAGCUGUCUUUGUUCCCGACGUUUUCUCAACACGAUUUGAAUCUAGUCGGAUGUCGACUGCAGUAUUGAAAUUGAUUGAUUUGUAU